GUGGGAUAGAAGAGGCCUGUAGUGGGGGCUGCUAGAGGGAACGCAGUCUGGAAGCAGCAGCGCUAUUUAAGCCUCUUUGUUCAGCACGUCUGUAUUCCCACUGAUCACAAUGAAACCUCUUCAGCUACUAGGCAGAAGCUGCAGAAGACUAGUAGAUGUCCUGCCCCAUCAACUGUGCUUGCCGGUUUUCUUAUCCACAUCCUUUAGUCUCAGCAGGAAGAAAAAAGUAAAUGGUUAUGAAGAUGUCAACCAGGAAAAAUAUGGAGAUCUAGUGCGGACGGUAACCACCUCCAAAACCAGUUCUCAAAACCCAGAGAGGAUAUUUGAAGAGGACAGUUUCUUGUAUGGUAAAGUAGUCAGGUCAAAGAGUCCAUCAUCGCAAGACUCUCAGCCAAAGGUUCCUCAAAAGCACAUUCCAUUAAAUAAUCCCAAUAAAGUCAUUUUGAAUGUGAAGACAGAUCCUAACAUGCCAGUGAAGAUCGGCCUCCCAGGCAAGAAUCAGAUGAUCAAUGGUAGACUGCCAAGUGUCACCCGAAUUCUUCAGCAGACCAUGCCGAUGGAGCAGGCAUUUUAUUUGGAAAGGUGGAAACAGAGGAUGAUCAUGGAACUGGGAGAAGAAGGCUUCAUAGAGUACACUGCAGCCGUGUUCUCCCAAGGAAAGCUCUUUCAUGCCCAACUAGAGGAUCUGCUUUUGUCUGCGGAGCAAUAUACCCAGAAAGCGGAAGACACAGAAGAACUGGUGGGAUAUAUGAACAGUGUGGAAGAUGUGCUGUCUGAUGUUGUGAGAGUCCAGAGUCUUGAAAGCGCCGUGGUGCAUUCAGAUCUCCAGUACUUGGGUUUUGUAGACUGUGUGGCUCAGUAUCGGGGGAAGUUGUGUGUGAUAGACUGGAAAACCUCUGAAAAGCAGAAACCAAACUUAAAGAACACCUUUGAUAAUCCACUGCAGGUAGCUGCCUAUAUAGGAGCAAUAAAUCACGACAGUAAUUAUAACUUUCAAGUUGAUUGUGGCCUAAUUGUCAUUGCCUAUAAAGAUGGCUCCCCUGCUCACGCCCAUUUUAUGAACUCAGAAAUGUGUUUGCACUACUGGGACAAAUGGCUUUUACGACUAGAAGAAUACAAAGAAAAAAAGAAAUGAUAUAGUCACUGUAAGGAAGAUAUAUUUUGGGUGGAAGAGUCAAACUCUUCCGGUUCCUCCAGUAUUACAGAAGUGAAGCCACUGCCUAUAAAGCCAAUGGUUAAUGACAUUCAUUCCUGGAGAUCACCGAUUCCAUGAAGAUUGAUUUUCAACACGAAAAAUAAUGAAAAAUAAUAAGGUUAACUGUAUAAUAAUCUGAACUGUUAAUUUUUGGUGAUAUAUUUUUGUAUACUGAAGCGACUAUGCUUGUAGCUGAAGGAUAGGACAAUUAAAAUAUAGCAAUAUAGACUUUAUUAUAUUUUGUAUUUAAAGAAAAAAAAACUCCCAUAACAUAUAUUUUAAUUUCAAAAAUAAAACUCAUUGGAUCAUUAAUUAAAAUUACAUUACAAGUUAAUACUUGGAGAAGUAAUAGUUUGUAAUUUUGUAUGUUUAACCCAAUUUCAUCUUUAAAGGUGCACUUCCGCAAUUAUAUUAGUGGCUGUAGUUGUGAGCUAUUUACAUGAACAUAAACAUGUUUAGAAUGCAAAUUUCUAUUGACCCCUUUCCCGACCAGUGUCGUACAUGUAAUGCGCUGGUCAGGUCUUUAAAGAUGGCGUCCGCUCUGGAGCGAAGAGGGAGUGAUAGCCACCUGUUUUGUGCUAUUUCACACAGCAGAGAUCCAGAGCUAAUGUCUAUGAUCAGCGAUAACCUCCUUCACCUCCGGGGAAAAAAAAGAAUAAAAAGCAAUCAAAAAGUCACACAGUCCAAAAUAGUAUCAAUUAAAACUACAGGUCGCCCAGCAAAAAAAUAGCCCUCACAUAGCUGCAUAGAUAUAACUAUAAAAAGUUAUACAUUUUUCCCAAAGUUUUUUUUUUUUGGAAUCUCUGUAAUCGUACCUACCCAGAGAGUGAAAGUCACAGGUCAGUUUUACCACCUAGGGAAUGCAAUAAAAACGAAACGCACAAAACUAUGGCAUAAUCGUUUUUUAUUUUUGUUUUGUUUUCUAAUUCCGCCCUAUUUGGAAUUCGUUUUCCAGCUCCGCACUACAUCUUAUGCAAUAUUAAAUGGUACCAUUAGAAAGAACACUUUUUCCCACAAAAACAAGCCCUCCUAUGGCUAUGUGAAUGGAUAAAUAAGAAAAGUUAUGGCUCCAAGAAGAACGCAGUGAAAAACGGUAACAGAAAAAAAUCGCCCGGGGCUGAAAGGGCUCAUGCACAUGAACGUAUUAUAAUUUUUUCCUGUGGCCCUCCCCUUUUUCUUUUAAUUUCUUAGUUUUUUUGUGCAGCCUGUAUGUGGAACCAUUCACUUCAACAGGUGCUGCAAAACAACGGAAAUGACUUCCAUGUCCGCAUGGCCGUGCUGCAAAAAAAAAAAAAGUCCUAUUAUUGUCCGUAUUCCGGACAAGGAUAGGACAGUUCUAUUAUGGGCCAGACGUUAAGUUCCGCAGAAUGCACAAUGGCUGGUAUCCGUGUUUUGUGGAUCCGCAAUUUGCAGACGGCAAAACCUCCAACAGUCAUGUGCAUGAGCCCUUAACAUUGUAUUCUCAGCUCAGAUACAUACGGUACAUCGUCAGGACAUGCCAAAAAUGUCUAAUAGAUCCGGUCUCACCACUGAGAUCCACACCUCUCUUCAAACCACGGGCUCUGCAUCCAGACAAAGAAUGAACAGAGGGGUAGCUGCAGACAUCCGCUAACGCCGUCACUCCCAAUCGUUUACCGUAUUGUCCAUAACUUUUAGCCAGUUUUAGGUAGAGAAACGGCACAUACGUCGAAUGUGUAUGGCCAUGAUCAUACCCUUUAACCCUUGCUUGCUUAAAUUGGGUCCAUUGGGUUUAUUCAACCAUAUCUAGCAGUUUUCUCAAAGUGUGAAAUUGGAUAACACUAAUGCAGGGUUCGCAAACUGGAACCACACUGAUUCCUUGAAGGAGCUGCAGAAAUUGCCUCUUAUGAAAAGUAGGCGUGGUUAGGUACGUUAAUUGCCGGUAGGUGUAAGCCAGUUGUAACAACUGCAACUUGAGGCCCCAAAUUUAUUAAAUUAUGUGUAACAGACUAAAGUCAAAACGAACUUCAAAAAUUCCCCUGAUGAUAAAUUCCCCCCCCCCCCCCCCCAAAAAAAAACCUUAACAAAUUCAAUCUAACUUUUCACUGGUUUAAUUAUAAAAGAAGACGAGAGUAAAAUGUACAGUAUGUCUCGAAGAACACAGAAAAAAGAAGAAUGCAGCAGCA